UCCCUGCCCUUUCCUCAGAUCUCAAAACCCGUCUCCUUCUCUCUCUAAUCCAAUCUCUCACGGAAGAGAAAUUUUGGUGUUGUUUUCGAAAACCUAAAGGAAAGAAAAAAAAAAAAAAAUUAAAUAGACGCAACGAAGACGAAUCAAAAGAGGUUCUCGCGUGUUCACCUCUUCGUCCUCCUCUCGAUCCUUGAUCUCGGGAACCCUAGGGUUAGGGUUAGGGUUACGGCCGGUGUUCGCCGCGGGUCCGAUCUAGGGUUUCGGUGUUUCCGUCAGCGGCCCAUCCGUAGAUCGCUUGUCAAAUUCCGCGAUCUGAGAGAUCUUCCUCGUUUCCCUUAUUUUUGCUAGGGUUAGGAUUUCGCCGAUCUUCUGAUAACCUCUUGUUCUCGCAGUUGAAUCGUGCUAGGGUUUCGUGGGAGGAGGUGGGAGGAGGGGGUCGGCGAUGAACGACCCGUCGCAGAUGAUGAAUCGGAGCUUCGGGAUGUGGCCGCCGCCGCUUCCGCCGCCGGACGAUCCGAUGGGGUUCCAAAACCCUAGGCCGGUCUUCGCUUCCGGCGCCGGCGGCGGCGCCGGCGCCGCCAAGCCAGGGCGCGCCAACUGGAAGGCCAAGAAGGCCGCCGCCGCCGCCGACAAGCGGCGCAAGGCUGCCGCCGCCGCUGCCGCCGCGGGAGGCGGCGGCGCCGUCGUCGAAGGCAUCGGCGGCGGCGCCGUGGGGGGCGGCGGAGGAGGAGGAGGAGGGUACAAGCCGCCGACGCUGAACGAGCUCCAGUUCCAGAACCGGAUGAAGACGCGGCGAUUCUACCCGAGGAAGUACGCGCGGUUCGCGCCGUUCGCGCCGCGGAACACGACGUCGUUCAUCAUCAGGGCGAAGAAGUCCGGGGGGAUCGCGGAGCUCGUGUCGCCGUGCCCGGUGACCCCGGCGAUCCUCCCCACGCCCAAGUUCUCGCCCUCGCGCGAGGGCGUGGUCGACAUGGCCAAGGAGGAGUGGGGCGUCGACGGCUACGGCUCCAUGAAGGGCCUCAUCCGCCUCCGCAGCUCCCCCGGCCGCGGCGCCGACGACGACGACGCCGCCGCCGAGGACGGCUCCAGCGAGAGCGACGUCGAGGAGCACCUCGAGGUCGAGCGCCGCCUCGACCACGACCUCAGCCGCUUCGAAAUGGUCUACCCCGGGGGCGCGGGCGCCGGCGCCGGCGCCGGAGGGGUUGAGGCCUACCUUCUAGAGAGCAGGGUCGAUGACCAGGAUAGCCACAUUGCGCAAUUGGAGGAGGAGAAUUUGACCCUCAAGGAGAGGCUCUUCUUGAUGGAGAGGGAGAUGGGGGAUCUGCAGAGGCGGCUCCGGCUCAUCGAGAAGCAUUUGAACGUCAAGAACACCGGCAGCACCGACGGCAUCGUCGGCGGCGACAAUAAUGAGAAUGAGGAGAGCAAUAGGAACGAGGUGGUGAUCGAGGAGACGCCGGAGAACGACGGGGGAGGGGACGUGCUCUCGGAGAAGAGCGGUGGCGACUGCGACGACGGCGGCGGCAGUGGCACGCCGACGAGGGAGUAGAUAGAUAGAUAGAUAGAUGGAGGGGAUUAAAACGAGUCUGUUUGUAAAUAUUUCUUUUGGUAUUUUAGGAUCUAUAAAGAAAAGGCCCGAGUAUGAACAAUGUGCCCUAAUUUCUGUAAUUUGAACUCAAGAAAUUUAUGAUAUUCCUGCAGUUAAGUUCAUGGUGUAAUUUGAACUCGAUUGAACCGCUGGACCAUCGAUUACCAAAUAGAGAUGCCUUUCUUUUUUUCUUC